CCUAUGUCAUUGCAACAGGGUUAUCCACAGGCAUUGCCAUUACCGGCAUCGUGGCAUUCAUUGCGUAAGAAGACACCUCUUGAAAGGAAGAAUGCUAAUCACUAGUCUACAGAAUCCUGGUAUCGAGCUAUCUUGGAUAGGAAACAGCAUCGGCCAGCAUGGCUGCGAUAAGAAGGGCUGCCCGCUCAUUUCAUUGGCGCCUGAACAAUACUUUGGACCUGGUGCUGGGGAAUUUCGCUACGUCUAGCAUAGAGCAUCACAUGGAGAGCAGUAUAAUCAGAUUUGAACAUGAAGUUCUUGGUUCUUUCCUCAUGACGGGAGUCUUGAAUUCCCAUCGGAAACACGGACCAAUUUCAAUCAUCCUUUUGUGCUUCCUUUUGUGUAUAGCAGCACGGCAUAGUCCUUCUGGCUUGACGAGCAAACAAGAGUGACUCUGACGGCUAGACAUAU